AUGAGUAACAAUCAACUACCCCAAGACUGGGCUGCUUAUUUUGGACUUCCAGACCAAAUGAUGGAUUUUCCGAUGUUUGAUCAAAUACCCGAGGAAUAUUCCACAUCGGAACAUGCACCUCAGCACUCUCACUUGUCUGAUGAUCCGUUGCAAACGAUGUUCUCUGAUUUAGUCAGUACUCCAAGGCAAGAAUUAGAGCCCGAGACGGGAGAAACAGCACUGCGGCAGGAAAAGGACCAGAGCUUUUUACAGACAAUGAAUCAGCUGGGUACUGAUGGACCAGCCAGGGAUUCCUCUUUCCAGCUUGAUGAAAUUGCUGAGAAGCUUGCGAAACUCGAUGAGAAAGUGAGCUAUUUGGUUUUGGUAGGAGAAAAGUGUUUGAAGGCUCAGGAACACGAAAGCACAAAGGUGCAGAACAGUAUCCGUGAUGUUAAGAGCGCCAUUGGUAGUCUCGUCAGUUCCAUAGUGACUGACUUGCUGCCCAGCCCGGAGGAUGAGGCUGGGGAUGCGCAGCACGGGUAG